CUGCAGUGGAGAGCGCUGAGCUGCUGCGGCCGGUCCUAGGCUUCGAUUUGAGGAUGGGGAAGGCGAAGCGAAACGGCGCCAAGUUCGCCGCCGUCAAGAAGAUCAUCAGCAAGAAGACCAUCAAGAAGUACAAGGACGAGGUGCUGGACCCUAGGAAGAAGGACACCGAGACGGAGAAGCUCGGCCGGAAUGUGCCGCAGGUUUCCUCGGCGUUGUUCUUCAGCUACAACAUGGCGCUCGGGCCGCCGUACCGGGUUAUUGUGGACACCAACUUCAUCAAUUUCUCUAUCCAGAACAAGUUGGAUUUGGAAAAAGGAAUGAUGGACUGUCUUUAUGCAAAAUGUACCCCUUGUAUAACUGACUGUGUUAUGGCUGAACUUGAAAAGUUGGGACAAAAAUAUCGUGUGGCUUUGAGAAUUGCCAAGGACCCUAGAUUCCAGAGAUUAGCAUGCACACACAAGGGAACUUAUGCUGAUGACUGUAUCGUGGACAGGAUUACUCAGCACAAAUGUUACAUUGUUGCGACUUGUGAUAGAGAUUUGAAGAGGAGAAUAAGAAAGGUUCCUGGUGUUCCCAUCAUGUACAUCACCCAACACAGGUACUCGAUAGAACGACUUCCUGAAGCAACAAUUGGUGGAGCACCAAGGAUCUGAUUUGCCCAUAUACGGAAAAGUUGCGGAGCAUGUCUCACUGUCGCACUUGCCCAAGUCAUGCGCAUAGGAUGGAUAUGUCGAAUCUCAUUGUGCUGAGCUGAGCUAAUUGUAUUCACUUCAAAAGUUUGUAACAAUCUGACCAGAUUAUUAUUUUAAAAUUUUAGAGGAAACUUUGCAAGAUAACCUGCUUAGUUGUUCAAUGGGGCAACAAAUGUUUAUCUUGCAAUUAUCGUGUCCAACACUUCAUGAUUCUCUGUUUUGUUCUCGAUAUGAUGAUUUGGAGCUUCACGAUUCUCUGUUUUGUUUUUGAUAUGAUGAUUUGG